UAGUGUGACAUCACGGGCGUUUCGGAGCAGUGUGGUGGAAGGAGAAUUCAGAAUCACGAACCAAAACUUCUGGUCAGGGCUGGAGGACCCACAUUCGGAGGAGUACAGGGCCAUGGCGGACUCCAUAGAGAGAGAGCUUGACACACUAUUCCUUGGGUCCGUUUGGGCACGCGAGUAUAACCACAGCCAAGUCGUCUCACUGGCUGAAGGUUCCCUACUUGUACACGCUCAGUUGUUCCUGAACGUCGCAGAUGUCCGAGCAGCUUCUAAAUUAGGGUCAGUAUUCCUUCGUGGCCUCCACAAUCGCCAUGGAAAUGACUGGCUUGGCCAGUACUCCAUCGAUGUCACGUCCAUCAGGUUCACCAAUGUUGCCGUCGAUUCUUCUAAAGUGUCAUCCACCACCCAGCCUCCAUCAACCGAGGGAGACGAGGAACAGUCAACGUCGGUCGUGGAAGUAUCAAACACUAUACCUCAUCUAAACGUAGGUUGGGGUGAAUGGGGUCCCUGGUCUAGUUGCUUCCCCUGCUCCCCCCAGUACGAUCAGAUACGAACCAGGCAGUGCCACAUGGAUGCUGGUCGCGGCGUGAUCAUCAGCACCAUUGAGCCCUGUUUGCCAACUGGCAUGGGUGGUCAGUCAGAAGGUUCAGGUGGUGAAAUGGACAGCCGUCCAUGCCAGUGUCCUCACAUCAACAAUAAGGAUGGCUCGAGGACAACCACUACCACCACUACAACAACAACCACCCCAUGGAAGGUUGAAGAACAGCCACAGAGGGAAGAAGACCGUCUGGGUGAUGUGGGUGCAGAGCGACUCUGUGAUUUGUGUCUCCCUGGAGAAGUCUGUGUUGGAUUACAAGGGGAACCGUAUCCCACAUGCAGAACCGCACUGGAUUCAGGGGACCGUACAGGUUGUGGUGGCCUUUGUGCUAUAGACUCUGAGGUAUGCCAGGCACUGGGAUCUCGAGCCUUCCAGUGCCAUAGUGCAUCACUCUGUCUGCAUGAUGAGUGGCGUUGUGCUGAUGGCCUGUGUAUACCCCACAUUAAGCGCUGCGACGGUCACAUGAACUGUUAUGAUCAAAGUGACGAACAACACUGUCAGUGCAGUAUUGAUCAAUUUCAAUGUGGCAACAAUACUUCCUGCCUGCCGGUUACUUCAAAAUGCGAUGGUAAAAUGGACUGCUGGGAUGGCUCUGACGAAGUCAAUUGCACAACAUUGUGCCCCAACCCUGACACUCAGUUUACUUGCCGCAGCAGUCAGUGUAUCCCCAAGCAGCAAUUCUGCGACGGGUUACCGGAUUGUAGAGACGGGUCAGAUGAACCCUUUGGAUGUGCUGGACGGUGCCAAACCAACGAGCAUCAAUGCAGGAACGGAAGAUGCAUCCCAGUUGCCAGCGUCUGUGAUGGCAGGGACACGUGCGGGGACUUCAGCGAUGAACAGAACUGCGAUAGGCCUCUCUUCACUGUCACAUCGGGAACGGGAACUCCUGUCUUGAAUAUUUCAAAUUCAUCCACUUGGUCUGGGAUACCAGUCUUGAACAUUUCUACAUCAGCGGAGCACUUUACAACUGCCAGAACGGACCGUAUUUGGCUCUUACACCUCGGUGGCAGAACAACACAUGAAACUGAAAACACUACACACAGGACUCCUUCACCCACUGAGAGUUAUAGUCCAACAGUAUUGGCAGCCAGAGUAUCACUAAAUGGCUCGGUCUUUCGUAGUAAAGUAGAAUUGGAAUCGAACACACCGGGCAGUGAUAUAGAGCGAGGGUGGAAAAGGACUGCGCAGUUUAUGCCAAGUUUAGAUGAUUAUGCUAAAUUUGUGGGAUCAGAAUCCCGGGGAAAGUCAGUUCUCACACAUUUGACAAAAAAUGAGAGUGAAAGUGAUGGUCGUGUGAAGGGUAGUGGUGUUGCUGAUGAGGAAGUGCUGAGCAGGUCAAGUGUUCAGAGUAGAACCAGCAAUAUGGAAAUGCAGGGUAAUAUAAGAACAUGACGGAUCUUUCCCUAGUUCUCAGUGACCAAGAGAAUGUGUUUUGACAGUACGUACUUUAUAGUGACAUAGAAAAAUUUGUGAUGAUAAGUGCUUGUUUGUGUAUAUGUAUGUAUGUUGAAUGAAAGACGAUUUUGUAAUUUUUUUUUUCAAGAGGUGAGAUGUACAGUAUAAUAUAACCCAUUUAAAGUCAGCAGCUAUUUUAGUAAGAACCAUGUUAUAAGAUGAAGAAAUAUAUUGUAUCACAAUGUUCAUAUAUUGAUGUUGUGAAGAAGUCCUUUUUGUAUAUCUAGUUGAGAAAUACCAAAGAUUGUAUGUAUAUUUUGUCCCUGUUAGGGCCUCAUGAUGUUAUCUAGUCUGUAUGAGAAAAUGUACUUAUGUAAUAACCUUUUGUUUUUUAUCUUGCAAAACUGCUACUUAGAGGGAGAAAAAUAGUCCGUAUCAUGUCUCUCACUCUUUUAUGUGGUGGUUGUUGCAGAUGUUGGAAUUUCUCAGCUUAUUUAAGAAUGGCUUCAGACUGUUCGUACAGUGUGUAAAAGAAAGUUUAAGAUACUUUGGUUUAUCAUGCCAUUCAUUACUAUGCUGUAUGUUGCUCUCCUUGACUAACCCACUAAAAGGAAAGACUACUUCCUUCAAAUUUCUUCAGUUAAAAUAGUUUCAGGAGUCUGUCACGUAUCCUGGUUACAGUCCUACUGUCAGUGCUCGCAACAGUGUCCUAUCAUCAUCUAUGAAUGCUGGCAAUUAAUUAUGUUUGUUAGACAAAACCUUUAGGCAACUGUGACUAUGCUGGGUUCUUUCAUUUUUUUAGAACUGAAGAUAAUUGGUUUAUUGCUAAUGUCAUGUAGUCAGUCAUGUGAGUACACUAAGUCGGUAACUACUGCAUUUUAUUAUGUGUACUGAAUACUUGGCUUUCAAUUGCGUUUUGUACUUGACUUGGCUUAUAAACACAACAAUACUUGGAGCAAGCACCAAUGAGUAAUACAGUGGGCUUGGAAACUAGGUUUUCUUUCUUCAUGGGGUGUGUGCCACUGACAUUACAAGUUCAUGUUUUGAUCCCCAGUAUAUUAAGUGUAAUAAAUAAAUUACACAGUACUAUAAUAUGAUCUCGAUGUAAAUAUAAUGAUAGUCAAAUCAGUGAAAUUGUAUAUUGUACUGUAUAUCAUUUUAUAUCAUUUAGUCACAAUGAACAAAGAUUGGUUUUUAGUUUUCAUGCUAUAAAGAUCCAUUCACAAUUAUAUUGUUAAAUAAUGGAAAUGAUCGAUUGGUAUGAGAACUAAGCUUAACAUUGAGUCUUGGCUAGUCACAGUUAUCAAACCAAGACAAAAAUGGUCUUGAAAAUGCAUAAUGUAUUCUUGUGUUACAAUUGUUGUGAUAUGUUAAUGGGUGCUUGAUCUUUAUUUAAAUUUUGAAUUCAUGUGUAGUAGACAGUAUGACUUGUAUAUUUCAUUAAAAACACCAAAAAAGGAGCAGACCAUUUGUAAACACAAGAAAGCCAUUUUUUCUCUAGUGGUGGUUAUCUACAAUGUAAAAAAUACUGAUCAUAGUCUUCCAAAGCAAUAUUCAUAAAGAUCUGCUUAUGCAUGCUUGCUCCAGUAUUGAUUAUUGUGCAAAGGUCGUGUUCACUAUUGCAUUUCUAUAUCUGUCCCCUCCCCCAAAAAGGAAGCCAGUUUUGAUUAACCAUGGUGUAAAUUACUACUGUGCAAUACCAGGAUCGUGAAGAUUUCUAAAAAAAAAAAAUAAA